AUGUCAGCUAAAUUGACGUUUGUUCGUAGAUGCCCCUUCUAUUCAAAUUGUUCUGAACCAACUGAGGUCAAUGCAAAGUUGGCAGCUGCUGAGGAAGCCCUUUCACUAUCAGUAUGGACAACGUCAACUACUUGUCGAGUUCUAUCCCUUGAUACUUUGCUGGCAUUACUUACAGGAGUGUUAUUGGAAAAACAGGUUGUAAUAGUGUGCCCAAGUUUGGGUGUUCUAUCUGCAGUAGUGCUUUCUCUUAUACCCAUGAUUCGUCCAUUUCAGUGGCAGAGUUUACUGCUCCCGGUUUUGCCAGCAAAAAUGAUUGAUUUUCUUGACGCCCCAGUUCCAUAUAUUGUUGAAGUUAUGCCUUCUCUUUCUCCACGGCAAAGAGAUCUUGUUUCUCAGUUAACUCCAAUUCAUGCCAGACUUUCAAGUGAAAGUUAUAUUGCAAAAAAGCAUCCUAUACAUAGGUGCAACGAAAUCCAGGCUGAAAUUGCAACUCAGUUUUUGAAUGUCAUAUGGCACUAUUUGGAGUCACUUUGUUCGAAUUUGAAAUCGCAUACGAUAACUAGUGUGCAAUCAAAUCACGACAGGGUUUCUUUACUUCUUAAAGAUACCUUCAUUGACUCCUUUCCUCUUAGGGAUCGGCCAUUCAUUAAGCUUUUUGUAGAUACACAGAUAUUCACUGUUUUAUCAGACUCUUAUCUAUCGAGCUUUGAGAGCGGCAAAUCAUAGUCUUCUUCCAUCUGUCUAACGCGUUAUAUAGGAACAAAAGGGUGUUUAUCUGUUAGACAUGACUGACUGUUGACACUUAGGAAGACAUGCUCAUAAUUUCAUCGGCUAAUCGAUCCCUCAUCGAUUGCAUGGAUUGGAAUGUGGCCAA